CGUAGUUGCUGAUGUUGAUUUCUAAGCGGGGAGUAGUCUUUUCAAAGUGAUAGAGAAUAGCAGUCUUUAGGGCAGUCUGUCGUGUUCGUGUCAAAAUUUUUCAGCUAAAGCUUUCGGCGUUCGGGUUAGGGCCCGUCCGGGCUCUCUCGGCCCACGAGUGUGGAGAAAUGUCGUUACGGACGGCAGCGCAUCGUCUCCUGCAAAAUGGUCGUGUCGUUCUACGCUCAAUACGCAAUCCACAAUAUUACAAUCAAGGCAACAAAAUACACGUUGUGGAAGUAGGUAAGACCCAGGGCCAACUGCCCACGGGUGGGAAUGUCUCCGCCGCAGGGAGACACCUCGGAUUCCUGGGACUUCAAGCUCGGCGUAUAUUUGUUGACAAUGUAUUGAAACGAGUGACGAACACCCUUGCUGCUGAUCUAAGACGACGUGCAGCAAAGCGCUUGUUAUUUGGUGACUCGGCGCCAUUUUUUGCACUAGUCGGUGUCUCGUUGGCAUCUGGCACUGGAAUACUGACAAAGGAUGACGAACUUGAAGGAGUUUGCUGGGAAAUUAGGGAGGCUGUAUCUAAGGUCCAGUGGAACACGCCCAAAAAUGAUCGAAAUUACGAAGCAACAACAACAGAACAUAAGCCAGUUGAUUUGAAGGACUUUGUUAUUGGUCCUGCCAUUGCCAAAGGAUGCUCCGCAGUCGUGUAUGCGGUUCGUCCGAUCGGUCCUGAACAAAAAUCGGAUUCUCAAAUAACCAUUGAUACCAAAACUAAGGAUUUAUCCAAUUUUCCUUUGGCUAUCAAAAUGAUGUUCAAUUAUGACGCUGAAUCAAAUGCAACAUCCAUAUUGAGAGCCAUGUACAGAGAAACGGUCCCAGCUAGAACCCAUUGUCAAAAUGAAGAACUAGCAGUUUGGGAACAGAAAAUGGCAGACAACAAAAGAAUUCUUCCUGCACACCCUAACAUUGUGGCUAUGUACUGUGCCUUUGCUGAUAGAGUUCCUGAUUUGCCCGGUUCAUCAAAAAUGUAUCCCGAUGCAUUGCCAGCCAGAAUUAAUCCAGAUGGUUCGGGAAGAAACAUGAGCCUCUUUUUACUCAUGAAAAGAUACGACGUUAGUCUGAAACAGUACAUAAUCAACAGAGAAUUGAAUAUUCGAAAAUCGAUAUUGUUACUUGCCCAACUAUUGGAAGGUGUUGCUCACAUGAGCUCGCAAGGCAUCGCACAUAGGGACCUGAAAAGUGACAACAUUCUCUUGGAUCUUUCGGAGGAGCGUGAUAACUGUCCAUCGUUGGUAAUCACGGAUUUUGGUUGCUGCUUGGCUGAUAAAACACAUGGACUUUACCUCCCCUAUAACUCACACGAUAUAGACAAAGGUGGCAACACUGCACUAAUGGCACCGGAGAUUGUGAAUGCUGAUCCAGGGCCUUUUGCAAGCUUAAACUAUACCAAAGCUGAUCUAUGGGCUGCAGGGGCUAUAGCCUAUGAAAUAUUCGGUCAGCAAAAUCCAUUUUAUGGCGAAAAAGGCCACAAACCAUCAUUAGUAAAUCACAGCUAUUUAGAGUCAGACUUACCUCCACUUCCGGGCAAUAUACCUCCUGUUAUCGUGGCAUUGAUAAAAAAUAUGCUGAGCAGAAGUAUAUCCAAGAGACUGAGUCCAGAUAUGGCUGCUACGAUCAUAGAACUGCAUCUUUGGGCUCCGAAUUCCUGGUUGCGACCGACCAACAAAUUGCCAUCGAGUAGUGAAAUCCUACAAUGGCUUUUGUGUCUCACCACAAAAGUACUUUGCGAAGGGCGUAAGGCUACCGAAUCGUUAGCGAAUGGGGUUGCAGAGAAGCUAAAUGAAGAUCGAGCUGUUCCUGAUCAUAAAUUGGCUCGUACCUUGUCCACGAGAUCAUGUGGACGUCGCACAAUGCCAGAGUAUCAACUGAUCGCCAGUUUUUUGGGUAGAGUUUCACUUGGUACUAUUAGAGAUGCAUUGAAAUGGAUUCAUAGCCACACUUAAGCUCAAAAAGUAUUCAACGGUAUUCACAGAUUUUUAUCAAUAUGAUGUUCUCAUCACUAAACAUUGCGCUGAACAUCCGUAACUAUCGCACUCAAUGUACGAUAAAAAUGAAUAUACAUAUUUUCAAUAGGGGCCCAUGUAAGAUUUAGUUGUCGUUUGAAAUCCGGUAAAUCUCACCAUGUAUUUCAUAGCGGUGGUUAAAAGUAGGUUAUUUGGGUGAUAAUAACUUUGUCAUACUAUCUAACUUUGUUGAUAUUUGCUUCUGCAAAUCUAAUCAAUUUCUGCUGGAAGAAGAUUUUGCAAAAACAAUAAUAUUUUCAUUGUUUCUUGUACCUACUGAUCUUCACCGUAUGCUUUUGUAUAUAAAUUUUUUGAUUGGUUUGUUUUCAAUGAGUAUAUGAAGCACAAUAGGGACGGUAUUAUAAGACAAUUGCUCUUUCGUCUCCUUAAUUCUUUCUAGAGAAUUCUCAAUCCCUCGUGAUUCGAGUGCCUUUUCAUUGAAUGAAGAGAUAUGAUGAACAUUAACUAUUUUUGAAAAUGUUGGUUGGCGUUUCGAUUGCUAUUCUCGUUAUUCUUUGAUUAAUCGAAGAAAACUUUGCUGAAUACAACGAGAAAAUGAAUAAGCAAUUCUGCCAUUAAUUUGAACAUGGAAAUUUUGAAAAGUGCGUAUAAAACCCAGAACUACUUCACAAAGUAAUAUCGGGUUUGAUAAAAUCAUUAAGUAGAGCUUGAUGAAUAUCUCAUAAAAACUAGUCUCAAGUCGAUAGAGUGUAUUUUUUUGAAAUAAAUUAUUAUCCAGACAAUUAUGUCUCGUACUAGAAUUGAGACUUGACAGAGUAUCUUGAAUUGGCUGUUGUUAUUUCAUUCUUAUUAUAAAAGCAUGUAUAUGAGAUGUAAAUAUUGGUUUAAGAUUGAGGUGAAUUGGAACUAAAGAAUAUAGAAAGUGCUUUCCAA